AACCUCUGCCCUGGCACCCACCCGUGCGUCGCUCGCUCUCAUCCCUCUCGUCGUGCCUGCCUUCCCUGAGGCUCUCCCCCUUCUCUAUUCUUCUCGUUUCCUCCCGGCCUCUCGCCAUGAUUAAAGCGAUCCUCGUGUUCAAUAACCACGGCAAGCCGCGCCUCUCCAAGUUCUACAAGUUUUACAGCGAGGACAUGCAGCAGCAGAUCAUCCGGGAGACAUUCCACCUUGUGUCCAAGCGAGACGACAAUGUCUGCAACUUCCUGGAGGGGGGAACGCUGAUAGGUGGCUCGGACUACAAGCUCAUCUACAGGCACUACGCGACGCUCUACUUCGUGUUUUGCGUGGACUCGUGCGAGAGCGAACUCGGCAUCCUCGACCUCAUCCAGGUGUUCGUGGAGACUCUGGACAAGUGCUUUGAGAACGUCUGUGAGCUGGACCUCAUCUUCCACGUUGACAAGGUGCACUACAUUCUGAAUGAGAUGGUGAUGGGCGGGAUGGUGCUGGAGACGAACAUGAAUGAGAUCGUCAAUCAGAUCGAGGCGCAGAACAAGUUGGAGAAGUCCGAGGCCGGCCUCGCGGCGGCACCGGCGCGAGCCGUGUCGGCCGUGAAGAACAUGAACCUGCCGGACAUGCCGCGCAACAUCAACAUCGGGGACAUCAACAUCAAGGUGCCCAACCUCGCCUCCUUCAAGUGACGGGUGACGUGUGCCCCUUGGAGGAGGAGGAAGAGAAGGAGGAAGAGAAGGAGCAGGAGUAGGAGUACGGGGCACAUGGCGGGGGAAGGGUGGGGGGCAGAACAUGAGGGAGUGGCAGGAUUGUGGAUUUAGUAUCAUUGUGUCCAUGUCAAGGCGGUCGCGACCAAUGUUAGGUCUGUUAAACCGGUUUUACGUAAUUCAUCAUUGAUUUUUCUGAUUCGGAUCGCCACGUGAGUAAAAUUUUAUGUAGUAUAGUGCUCCUCCAGCCAAAACAGGUAAUUCAUAAAGUUGUCACAGUGGUGUGUAUCAAGCACUACACCGGUAAAGCCGGAGUGCGAUCCACACAUUUAACAAUUGGGUAGUCUAACAUUUUGCUGGUAGUUACAAUUGGCAUCAUGAGGCAGUUUCCAGAACUUUUAAAAUAUCUCCUCCGUUUUUGGGCAGUAAAUAGGUUGGAGAUGUUGUGUCAUCAAUGUGUUCUCAGAAAGAAAGCAAGAAGUGAUGCCGAAAGGUUAUACAUUUGCAUAAAUCAUAACGCUGGUUGUGUUUAUGAGUAAAAAAAGUCCGUCUCCAAUUAUUAAAUGUGGUGUGGAUUGCUCUCCAUGCUAGGCAUGUGCUGCAGGAGCAGCAGCAAUAAAUUGUCCACUUUUUUUCUCAUUGUGUGACAACUUCUUUCAUUGGCAAUUUGGGCUAAAAAGUCAAUUAUGAAUCGUAAUAUUGUAAUAUUGUUUGUGAAAGCCCACGGUUUUAGGUGAGAUGAAAUGACGAACACUUCACCGCCUCGGUCCGCAGACACUGCCUAUAUAACUGAAGCGCGAAGCCGGCUAUGAUGUGGGCACCGUCGGCCCUGCUCUGCAAGUGGAGAGCCCGUAGAAGCAUAUUGAGCUCAGCGUGGAUAGAAAAACCGCACGUGUUAAUGACGUACGAGAGGUACGCCUUUUAAUUAUUUCGAAGGAUGCAUGCAAACCCCGUGUUCAUUAAUGUUGGUGGUGCUGCAAUUAGCGGAUGUUGACGCAGCGAAGCGACCUUCACAUGGUCAAAAAAUGUUAUGCACGGGUGCACACGGAGCCCCUUUUUGUCAGUUCAUUGCUGGAUGAACGAGGGCCAGUCCCCCCCCCCCCCCCCUGCGCCAUAGUCAUUGGGCCAUACUUUCAACAUGCCGAUUAAGAGUCGGUUGGUGACGAUGCAAAAAUAAAAAUGGAUAACGCGGCCUUAUCUAAAAGAAAUACGUUUUUAUCCUGUGAUGGGUUUACGUUGACCCCCCCCCCUCCCCAGACUGGCAAUUCAAACUUGCGCAACCUUUGGAUUGUGAGUGGUGAUGUGGGUGCGGGUCACUCUGACUGGCUGGUUCUACUGUUAGAAGGCAGUGCUGAUGGUGGUGGCGAUGAGGUGUUGCCUAGUGUGUGCCCAAUCACCACUUGCUCCCUCCUGCAGUAUCUCCCUUAAUUUUUCCAUCUGGUUCAUUUCCCCCCCUAUCGGACUCUGCUGAAAAGAAUUCCAGCGAGAAUGAUCUUGUGUCUUGUGAUGUGUUUUUUUGUAUUGUUUUCCUGAAACGGACAUCGUCGAUUUGGAUGUUAAUAGAUGAGAAAUCGUAAAUUUUGUGUGUGGGUGUCUCACAAAUGGGGUGGAGGGUUGGGGGACAUAAUGGCUGUGUUGGAGACACCGAGGCAGGCGGUUAGGGGACCAAAUGUAGGUGAUGUGAGCCCUCCAUUACAGAUUCUCUUGGCAUGAGUCGAGGUGGAUUGUUCCACCCUCUGCGCACGGUUGGGCUGCCCGCGACACGCUGUCUGGUAGUUUGUCGGCAAGAUCAACCCUUGAAGAAUGUUGCCGGAAUGCGAGGCACAGAGUGAGUUUGCUGUCAUGUGGGAAACCUCGAAACACUGUUCUUCCCUGGUAUAUCCAUUCUCUUUACAAAACCCCCUGUUAUUUCCGUGAAGACCAAAUUUAUGCCGGUUUACAGCUUGAAAUGUAAAUUUUAUUGCUUUUUAUUGUCUCCGAAUAUAUAUGUAAAAAAAGCAAAUAUGAAAUGUAUGAAGUGAAAAAUAAACCCAUCACGGAAAGCAGCAAGCCAAUUUUGGAACGCAUCAGCACAACGCCACAGUAAUUGCGCAAUGCCGAAACUGGGGCUGGCUGGUGCACACCAUUUUCUGCGCAGCAUGGCGAUGGUGGCUGACGGCAAGUCGGCACAUUUGCUUUGUGUGAUGUGGAGCUUUUAAACGUUGGUAAAGUGUAAUUUUUCUAUUUCCCCGAUUAUAAAAAAACAACAUCUGGACUAUCCAGGACAUUUGUAUAUCCAGAAUAUCCGGGACAUUGGUAUAUCUGGAAUAUACGGUCAACAGCGAAAUAAUUUUCACUCAACCGAGUUUCAUCAGCAGGGAAUGUGUGCCUCGUUGCCAAGCUAGUGAAGUUGAAACCGGGGACAAGGUUGCCCUUGUUUAAUAAGGAAAUGCAGCUGGUGUGAGACACGAAUCGAGAAGCAGAUUCCCCCCCCACCCCACACAGGUUGAUGCAAUACACUUAAUUUUAUUUCAGUGAUUUCUCUACCCACUUGUGCACAAUUUAUAUUCUAACUCUUCCGGUAAUGAAUUCCAACGCAGUCAUACCUGAACACAAUACAUAUGUAAUAAAAGGACUCAGACACUU